UGUUUUUUGUGUGUGUGUGUGUGCUGCCCAUUCACCCAUUCAAUUCAAUGCUGCAGGCGGACUUGGAAGCCUUCCUGCAGCCAGAGCAGGACGACGACGAGCUCGACCACAACCAUCCGCCGGGCACCCAGCCGCCCGCCGCGGGAUUGGACGAGGACCGCCAAGUGUGGUCAGCUGAUCCACGCACGGACGCUGCGGCGCGGACGGUUGCCUCGCGUGUUGCGGGCGAUCUCGCCGUGCUCACCAACGAGCCGUCGCUUGGCCUCUUCCGCGUCCAGCAGCACAUCCACCGUGCCGUCCCGAUGGUCGUUGCACGCAAGGAAGACAUGCUUCAAUUGAGCACGCGGAUUGCGGGUAUGCUCUACGACGUCGAGUACGCUCAAAAGACUGUGAGCAAGAUGGCAACCAUCACCAACUUUUCUACGAUACAGCAGCAUCUCCAAACAUCCAUACGAUACAAGGAGCAAUUAAAUGCCAUGGCGAAAGAAGCCAAGGACAAGGGAUGACUCCAGCAAUUUGCAUUCAUGUCUAGAGUACUUGUAGAGAAGAAGGUUGUGCUUGUUUGUUGUUUUUUGUUUUUUAUUGAAUACAAAAGAAAGACUCG